UUACAUGCAGUCCUAAAAAUUGUCUUUUAGGAUUCCUCCUAAAAGGUCUCCCGCGGCCCGUUCUCAUAUUCGUAUACACAGCCGUGUCGCCGAUGUCCGCCGGGUCCUGGCUGGUGUCCGUGGUACACACUGCGGAGGCCUUGGGCGGGCGAGGAGGGCUGGGUGAAAAGCGCGGUCACCCCGAACUUGAAAAAUUCAAAUUCGAAUUUUCGCGGACGCAAGGCGGCAGGGGCGGAGGACGGCCGGGCGACACGUCUGACGUACAAAAGACGGCGCUGGCGAAGCAUUCGGCGCGGGUAUCCAUCUUCCGAGUCCACGCGAGUUGCGAGCAGUGGGGGCAACUUCCGGCAAGGCGCAUCGUCGCCACCAUCGUUGUGUGCUGUCUUGUGGACUCCGACGCACGCCAUCUUCUGUUGCAGCGUACGUCAGCGGCCGCAUCUACGGGUCCAGGGUGCGUGUCUCUCUUCACUUGGUUCAGCAGCGGGCGUGUCUUCGGUGUUUGUGGCAGGCGUCACGUUCUUCGGGGAGGAAGAUUCCCAGAGAUGGAUCUUCGCGUCAUCGGGCACAGUCUGCGCAAAAAGGAGAUCGACGCGGUCGCGAUGGCGGUCACUGCCGUCGUCGUGAACACGAUGGGCGGCAUGUCGUCGUCCUCAAGCGACAUGCUGACACAGCUCCGAAAACGAAGAACGCUGUUGCAGCGCAUUGCCGAAGCGCUGGAUUGGGUGGCAAUGUGUGAGGCAGUCGUCCAGUUGUGCGCCGCGCUGUCAUCUGGCGUUUUCCCGCGGCGGACCCCGCGUUGGUGGAUCAAACGACGGACUGGCGGGACAUGGGAGGAUCUCCGCCUCUGUGAUGAUGCGAAGGACGAGUAUUACCGGCAGAAGUUGCGCAUGUCGUUAACCAUGUUCAGGCAGAUCGUUGCCGCAUGCGCCGCGUACGAGGAGAAGAAGGUGACGCACUACAGGAUGCCUUUGCCAGUGGAGCAGGUGGUCGCUUUCGCGUUGUACAGGUGGGCGUCAGGAGAGACGUACGAGAGUGGCACGUCGUCCUUCGACAUCGGCAGGGCAACAGGACUGCAGGCCAUCCGCGACGUCACUUCGGCCCUGCUGCAGGCGUACCUCGACGCUAUCAAGUGGCCAGUUGGUCGUGGACGUGCGCAGAUUCUGCGCGCAUUCCAUGACAAGGGUUUCCCAAACUGCUUCGGCGCGAUCGACUGUACACACAUCUACAUUGACAAGCCCGCCGGCGCACCUUCCGACAACUACUACGACCGCAAACAGAAGUUCUCCGUGCAGGUGCAGGUGGUGGUGGAUUUGGAUCUGCGGAUCCUCGACGUCCACAUCGGAUACCCGGCAAGCGUGCACGAUGUACACGUUCUGCACAAUUCCCAGCUGUGGAGGCGUGCAGAAGCUGGCGAGCUGUUUGACGCACCUCCGGAGAAUCUGUCGCACGGUGUCGUCACGCGAGGUUACCUGCUAGGCGACAACGGUUAUCCAGUUGCCUGUCCAUGGAUCGUGCAGCCGUACGGAGGAAUCGACCAACAUCCUGACGACGAGCGCUUCGACACGCGGCAGAAGGUGGCGCGGGAGUGUGUGGAGAGGGCAUUUGGGCGACUGAAGUGCAUGUGGCGUCUGUUUUUGCGCACCCACAAGACGAACCUGGAGACCUUGCCACAACAAUUCGUGGCAGUGUGCACUCUCCACAACAUCCUCCUCGACGCGGGGAUCGACUUCGAUGAGAACCUUUUGUGGGAGGUGGAUGAGAACAACAUUCGUCGUAGAGUAGACUUGGGGAUUGUGGGGAACGGCGCGGGCGGGCAGCGACAGAGCACGAACGUGGACCGGGACUUGCGGGAGGAAUUGGCACGUGGCUGCGUCCAUUGGCAACACAGCGCGAAGUAACUGGGUCGAUUGUAUGGCGGCAUGGUUGUCGUCUGUGACUUCCUUUCUUGUUUUCGUCGUUUGGACGGUUGCGU